CCCAUGAACUGCAUAGACCGCGCUGCGGUCACACUAGCUACUCAAGCCAGGCGAAAAAGUGAAGAAAAUCGAAAAAGUAAAUUGUGUGGGCUCAACUAUAUUGCUGGUACUUGAACGAAGUACGCUAGAUUUAUUCUUGCCAAGCGGAUGGCCGUUUAAGACGAGGAACUUCAGGAAAAGGUAAUACAAAAAAAAAAGACCCCAAAAUGACCCAAUAUCUGCCGCCGAAUCUGCUGGCGCUGUUCGCGGCACGGGAUCCCAUCCCGUUCAUGCCGCCGGUGGACAAGUUGCCGCACGAGAAGAAGUCUCGCGGCUACCUGGGAGUGGCCAAGUUCAUGGCCGACUUCGAGGACCCCAAGGACACGCCGCUGCCGAAAACGGUGGAGACGCGUCAGGAGCGACUGGAGCGCCGCCGUCGCGAGAAGGCCGAACAGGUGGCCUACAAGCUGGAGCGGGAGAUAGCGCUGUGGGACCCCACAGAGAUCAAAAACGCCACGGAGGACCCGUUUCGCACGCUAUUCAUUGCCCGCAUCAACUACGACACCUCCGAGUCAAAGCUGCGACGUGAGUUCGAGUUCUACGGGCCCAUCAAGAAGAUCGUCCUGAUCCACGACCAGGAAUCAGGUAAACCCAAGGGCUACGCCUUCAUCGAGUACGAGCACGAGCGGGACAUGCAUGCCGCCUACAAGCACGCCGACGGUAAGAAGAUCGACAGCAAGCGCGUCCUGGUGGACGUGGAGCGGGCUCGCACGGUCAAGGGCUGGCUGCCCCGACGGCUGGGCGGCGGUCUGGGUGGAACGCGUCGCGGUGGCAACGAUGUCAACAUCAAGCACUCCGGCCGCGAGGACAACGAGAGGGAGCGCGAGCGCUACCGGCUGGAGCGGGAGCGUGAGGAUCGCGAGGGUCCUGGACGCGGCGGCGGCUCCAAUGGCCUGGAUGCCCGUGCUGGACGCGGUUUCGGUGCGGAACGUCGACGUUCCCGCUCAAGGGAACGCCGCGACCGUGAACGAGAUCGCGGACGGGGCGCUGUGGCUAGCAGCGGCCGCUCGCGCAGCCGUUCCCGCGAGCGCAGAAAACGACGAGCGGGCAGCCGGGAGCGGUACGAUGAGUUCGACCGCCGCGAUCGGCGAGACAGAGAGCGCGAGCGGGAUCGCGAUCGUGAGCGUGAGAAGAAAAAGAAGCGCUCCAAGUCUCGCGAACGAGAAUCCUCCAGGGAGCGUCGCGAACGGAAGCGAGAGCGAAGGGAUCGUGAACGCGGCACCGGAUCCGGCGGCGAUGUCAAGGAGCGCAAGCCCGACUUCCGCGAAAUGGACGUCAUCAAGAUUAAAGAGGAGCCCAUCGACGAUGGCUAUCCCACAUUUGACUACCAGAACGCGACCAUUAAGCGUGAGAUCGACGACGAGGAUGAGGAGAAAUACCGGCCGCCGCCUGCGCAUCACAAUAUGUUCAGUGUGCCGCCGCCGCCCAUUUUGGGGCGUGGAAAUGCCAGCACGAAUCCCAAUCCCGACAAUGGUCAGCAGGGCUCCGGCGACCCGAGUUGGUGGCGUCAGUAGAGUCUUGGCGCUCCAAGAUGUGUCAAGGUUAAUAUUUCUAAAAGUCAGACGUCUGUGGGUCGCAACUAUUUAUUCAUUCGACUUGAGGCACAGCAAUCCUGGAGAGCCUAACCAUAGCUAUCCAUUUUACACACAGAAAAUUUUAAGGUACCACUUGGAGGAAGGCCAAGUAGAAGAACAUUAUAGAAACCCAGACCGCUAAACGCAGAAUCCACUAAUGUGUGCGUAGCUUAAAUCAUUUAAAUUUAUAAGUAACUCUUAACAAAUGAAUAUGAAAACAGUAAGUAAAAUAAAACUA